AUGGCUGUGGCAAUCCCCCUCGUCCUGGCUGUGCUGGCCAUCAAGUAUGCGCUGAAGCAUGAUCUGCAGACAGAUGCAGUCACAGCCCAGCGGAUGCAGAAGCGUGAGGAGUAUCUGCAUCAGCAGAUGACUCGGCUGCUGCGGGAGGUUGAAGAGAUCGAACAGAAAGGCAAGCUUCUUUCUGUGUUGACGUGGUGGCCAUUUUGGAUCUUUGCAGCAGUCCCGGUCCUGUUUGCUCUGUUCUUCACACUGUCCCGCGAAACGAAGCACGCCUUUGACACCUACAGUGAGCAGGACAGCUCCAGCAGAAAGGACGAUGAGAAUGAGGAGGAAGACCUCAAUAGUUCCUACAGUGAUGUCAAGUCUUUGGCUGCCUCCACCCCAUCGUCAAUGGAGGGCCUGCCCGGCAUGUGCAAGGUGCUGAAGGAGGUGGUGGGUGACAUCCUUCGUGUCUGCCAGCUGCUCUCCAAGAAUGAUUUCAUGCCACAGAUACAGCCGGCCUUUGGGAUGGACAGCACCUAUGAAGACUGGAGAGUCCAUGAUAACAGCAUCACCUACCGCCUGCUCGUGUUGCUGCAGCCACCCCCUGGGCACUCUUUCAGCCUGGAGCUGGACUCCACAGGGCAGCUGCCAGAGAGGCCCUCCAGCAUCCAUGUGGUGCUGGAGUGCAUGUGCUCGAGGGAGCAGCAGCUGGGGGACAGUUUCUGCUUUCUCCAUAAACUCGAUGACAAGGUGCCGGCGGAUCAGAGGUCCUACUUCCUACGCACCCUCUGCACAUGCUUCUGCUUAGAUCUGGAGAAAACGGCCCACUGGGUCCAACAGUUGGUGGGAUCUGCCUGGCAGUUUUUGCCUCACUCACACCACUGCCAGCUAACGGUGCUGCCCUCCUCCCAGUCCUGCAGGUUCCAGCUGACCAGCACCUCCUGGAUGAACACCUACACUGAGAUGGUUUUUGCAGUACAGCAGGACAGCUCGGGCUCUUAG